GGUAUCUUAUAAAAGUUUGUUUUUCUUGUUGCAGUAUUACCAGAGGAACCGUAACAAGGUGACAGUAGAGGUGAAGGACAUUGCAGGGUAUCUAAUAAAAGUUUUUGUUGUUGUUGCAGUAUUACCAGAGGAACCGUAACAAGGUGACAGUAGAGGUGAAGGAUGUUGCAGGGGAUCUGAUGCAGGUGAAGAACCAGCUUGACGUGAUGCUGCAGAAGAAAAUAGAUGCUGUUGAGAGAGUAGCCAAAGCAGCAGAAAAGGCCAACAAACUAUAUGGAAGAUACAAACCAUCUGAUGAAUUACAGCUGGAGGAUUUGGAGUACUACAAUGCGAAGAAGCUGGUGAGUGAUGUGGACAUUGAGGACCUGGACAAUGAGACGCAGGAGGCGGUGAAGCGCACCAUCCACUACCUGCCGCUGAGUCAUGACAAGGUGGAGUUCAACGACAACCUCGUCAACUUCACCGUCAGCACCAUCCAUGUCCCAACCAACAUCUAUGAUAAAUCUUCAAGAAUUCUCAAUGGUGUGAAGUGGAGCAAUGAUUUGACAGAACAGUUCCGUAAGAAUGCUGAAAAUGAUCCCACAUUAACAUGGCAGUAUUUUGGUAGCGCAGAUGGCUUCUUCAGAAUAUAUCCUGGAAUAAAGUGGCCUCGAGAUCCAAACAAGGUGGACAUGUUUGACUGCAGAAUUAGAAAUUGGUACAUCCAGGCUGCAACAUCGCCGAAAAACGUAGUUAUUUUAUUAGACACGAGUGGAAGUAUGAAGGGCCUGAGACUGAAGAUAGCACAGAGCACAGUAGAAAAAAUCUUAGACACUCUUAGUAAUGACGACUACUUUAAUGUGCUAAAGUUCUCAGCAAAUGUAUCCUAUGUGGACCCGUGCUUCAACCGAACGCUAAUGCAUGCCAGUGUGGACAACAGGAAGCGGAUGCAGAAACAAAUAAAGAAAGUGGGAGCCGAGCAGAUGGCCGAUUUCAAAAAGGCUCUUAUUGAGGCGUUUGAACUCUUCAGAAGUGUGGAGCAGCAUCUCAAGAGAACAUUAUGCAACAAGGUGAUCAUGCUAAUCACAGAUGGUGCUCCAGAAAACUAUGAAGGAACAUUCGACUACUACAACUGGCCAAAUAAAACAACUCGUGUGUUCACAUACUUGAUUGGAAAAGAAGUGCAAGACAAUCGCCAGGUCCAGUGGAUGGCUUGUGCCAAUAAAGGUGAUCACACACAUAUUUCUACGAGGGCUGAUGUACAGGAAAAUGUUCAGCAAUACAUCAAAGUGCUAAGUCGUCCCAUGGUCCAGGAGAAGUUCAGAAACAUGAUUCUGACGGCUGUGUACCUCGACUACCCCACGGAGCAUGCCUCAAUGGUGGAAGUACCAGAGGCAACUUUCAGUCCGUUUACAGAUCUGUUGUCAACUGGGAAAAAAAAUGCUGGUCUUGGUCUGGUAAUGUCUGUAGCAAUGCCUGUGUUUGACCGACGAGAACCCUUAUCUGCAGAAGGGAAGAAAGAUGCGCUACAUGACAGUCCAGUAGAGAACCUGCUCGGUGUGGCGGGGACCGACAUCAGCAUAUACGAAUUGAUGCAGCAUAUUCCCAUGUACAAGCUAGGUGUUAAUGGUUAUGCAUUUGCCAUCACAAACAAUGGAUACAUCAUUUUCCAUCCAGACUUUAGGCCAAUGUUCACAAAAGAGAGUCCCGUCAAGUUGGACUUUGCAGCAGAAUUGUAUGCAAAGCCGAACUAUAACAGUGUCGAUCUAGCAGAGGAGGAACUAGCCAUGGAUGCACUGAAAGCUGACGACUUUCCCAAAGACACUCCUGUCAAGUUUGAACAGGCGGCUGAGUUACACACGAAGCCAAACUAUAACAGUGUGGAUCUCACUGAAGUGGAGUUAGCUGUGGACGUCCUAAAAGUUGAAGAAUUACGAAAUGUUAUGUUAGAUCCGCAGUCAGGAGGGAUACAGAUGAAUGUCACAUUUCAUUAUGACACCAUGGCAAAUGUCCACUAUCUAAAUGAUGAGGAGAUGUUUAUUGCACCAUGGGUGUUCUGUCGGAAGGAAGACACUGGCACUAUGUACCAGCUGGUCAAGGAGGAGCUUGUUCGGUUAGUUGCAACUGGCCAGUUCAGACAUUCCAAAGAGUGUAAGUAA